AUGCAUAUCGAGACAUGGGGCAUGUACUUUCCAGAGGAGGAGCUCACUGCAUUCAAUGAGCUUGUGCAGGUAAUACUCGAGACAAAGAAGAAGCUGCAGAGCAUUCUACUUGGUGACAGGUUGGGCCGGGUGCUGGAGACCAGAGUCUACCAUAUAUCUGCACAGUCUCUCGAGAAGCUUGUUGAAAAGAAUCUUCUGGACACGAAUGCAGGGAACCUACUCCUGUGCAUUUCGUGUGCUGUCUCCGAGCUGCUUUAUGACAGCGGGCAUCUCUCAAUAAAGAUUAGCACCAGGGUUGAGACGCUACGUGACCAGGGCGGCUUCGGGGACAUUGAUAGAGCCAACCUAGGAAAGCUUGUUUUCAUGACGGGCACUGUUUGCAGAGUAGGGUUCAGAAGAGUUGUUAGCACCAAGAUGUUUUUUGAAUGCUCGAAGUGUGGGGAGACAGUAUGUGUGGAUGUCAAGAACAAUGUCUACAGGCCUCCUAGAACGUGUAGGGGCUCCUGCAACUCCAGAAGCUUUGCUCCCGUACGGAACCACCCGGAAGUGGAAUACAGGGAUGUCCAGGAAAUCAAGAUACAGGAGCUUUACGGAGGAUCCGAAGGAGACGGAAACGGAAUCCCAAAGGCUGUGGACUGCAUCCUUUAUGACGAGUUUGCAGGGACCCUAGCUCCUGGCGACAUUGUGGAAAUUGUUGGAGUUCUUGGAGUUGAGUUGGAAAAUGACAACCUCUACAAACUGACUGUCCACAUAAACAACCUGCAGAUAGUCAAGAACAAGAACUUCUUUGUGGAGGAUGUUGAGUACCAGAGUAGAGACUUCGCUGAGUUCAGGAAGAUAGCAGGGGCGGGAAACACGCUGGCCUCGCUUGUCUGCUCGCUUUAUUCAGCAGUGUAUGGAAAUGAGCUGAUAAAAGUCGGGCUGGUCCUUUCUCUGUUUGGAGGAACCAAGAAGAGUGCUGGACAACACAGUAUCAGGUCUGAAACACAUGUCCUUAUAGUUGGGGACCCAGGGCUUGGAAAAAGCAGGUUGCUGCUGAGCACAUGCGGGAUUCUUCCGAAAAGUAGCUAUGUGAGCGGGAGCUUUACCACGACGGCAGGGCUGACGGUAUCCCUAACACACGACCCUGUCUCCGGAGAGUACAUGGCAGAUGCAGGGGCCCUUGUGGUAGCAGACAACGGGAUAUGUUGCCUGGACGAGUUUGACAAGAUAGACGACCAUGCUGCCUUGUUUGAAGCGAUGGAGGAUCAGAAAGUAAGCAUAGCGAAGGGCGGGGUUAUUUGUAGUGUUCCGACGAGGGCCACGGUGAUAGCAGCAACCAACCCAAGGCACGGGCAUUUCGACCGAGGCAAGACAAUGGCGGAAAACAUACGGUUUGAUCCUGGGCUUCUGUCGAGGUUUGACCUUAUCUUCCUUCUUCUGGAUGACCUUUCUGAAAAGGAAAGCUACAUGAUAUCUGGACAAAUUCUGAAGAAAAGACGGACGCUCUCUCCAGGAGAAGGUGGAUUUGACGACGUUGUGGAGACGGUUAGGAGGGAUAUGUUUGUCGAGGACAUCAGAAGUGGGGGAUGUGUAUAUCCCAUGGACAUCGUGAGGAAGUACAUUUCCUAUGCCCGUGCAAAUGUGUUUCCUGUCCUUAGCAAGUCGGCAAGUGAGGCCAUAAAGGAAUACUAUGUGGGCAUGAGAAGUCGGGGAGGGGUUUCGACAAGGGAUCUGGAAUCGCUUGUUAGGUUGACUGAGGCAAGAGCCAAGGUCGAGCUUCGGAGUAUAGCAACAAAGGCAGAUGCAAUGUUCUGUAUUGAGCUCCAUAAGAGAACGUUUGUUUCUAAGGAAGGGGUGGCGAGGAAUAAGAAGAGCAAGGAUCUUACCGAGGCACUCAGGGAAUAUGGCAGGAAGAAAAAGGGGUGUCUUGUUAGUGGCGAAGAGCUAUGCAGGCUAAUAGCAACCCUCGAUUCUAGCAGGCCGGCCAGCGAAUUUGUGGAUGCAUUGAACCACAGUGGGCUGAUUAUCAAGAAGGGGGCAGGGAUGUAUAAGAUAGUUGUGUAG